AUGGCAGCUGUAUCUCCAAAACCUAACACUUCAUCAAACUCUCCGAUCGAUCAUUGUUUUGACCUCGAUCUAGCUUUAACUAUGGCCGAUAAUUCAGACCAUUGGAUCAAAGUAUCAGGAUCUUUGGCAUCAUCAACACCGUCCACCCAGAAAAAGAGUUGUUUGGCACCGGAGAUGGCUACUGUUAAUAACCCAGGUGGUGUUUGUACAGUUUGCAUGGAAGCCUUCCUCCAAUCAGCAGAAGAAGGCACAGUUGGCGAGCAAAUCCCAUGUGGACACGUGUACCAUGAUACUUGUAUUGCCAAGUGGCUCUCUCUCCAUGACUCUUGCCCUCUUUGCCGCUGCAAAAUCUCCGGUGACCGAUAA